UCAUUCGCCCGUGCAUUCAGUUCGCCGGUGGCGACCUCAUAUCCACUCUGUAGCUCUGGUAUCUACUUUUCCAAGAUCUUCUAGUAGUGGCCCAGACGUGAGCACGGGGGUUUUAACACAAGUUAACAGAGAAACCGAGGGCGGAGAGAGCAUGGCUACGCAGCUCGUCCCUCCCAAUGCGACCUUCCGUCGUCUCCCUUUCCUCCUUUCUGAACCGAAGAGUCUCUUACUCUCUUCGUCCAACCCGAGGUUACAUAAGAGAUAUGGACAUUCGUAUGGUCCUACAUAUCGUGUGGUGCACUGUGGAAUUGCUAAGGUUGUGAAACAACCAAAACCUUCGACACCUGACUCAGUAACAAGGGAACCACAUAAGUAUUUUGAUCAUGUCGUUAUCACUGUCCGUUCGGGGGACGGUGGACAUGGUGCGGUUCUUAGCAUGCCGAGCCAAAAGGUAUCUUCAAAAUCUCUGGGCAAAAACGAAAAAGAGAAAACAAAAAAGAAAAGUUUGUAUAAAAGAGAUGCAGAUGGCUCACUUAUACUACCAAUGGGAGGCCAUGGAGGUGACGUGGUCAUAUAUGCUGAUGAGAGCAAGGAUUCAUUGCUUGAAUUCCAUAAGAAGACCCGGUAUAACGCAAAACGUGGAGGCAAUGUGGAUGCUAUGGGAGUGCUAACUUCCUUAUUACAUGAUGGAAUUGCUGCUCCAACAUUGCGCAUUCCAGUACCAGUAGGUACUGUGGUAAGACGCAAACAAGGGGGAAAGUUUCUUGCAGAUCUUGUGCGUCCGGAUGAUGAAGUACUUGUUGCCAGGGGUGGGCAAGGAGGAAUUAGCUUGCUGGAGAUGCCAGAGCAUAGGAGAAGAAGAUUUAUGGCCAUGACUAUGAACAUUGUGAGAGAUGAAACUGAUAAGGUAAUGGUUCUGGGUCAGCAAGGUGAAGAGGUCAAUUUGGAACUCAUACUAAGAGUGGUUGCUGACGUUGGGGUAGUGGGACUCCCAAAUGCUGGGAAAUCUACACUAUUAGCUGCCAUCACUCUUGCAAAACCAGAUAUUGCUGAUUAUCCUUUCACAACACUAAUGCCAAACCUUGGUCGUCUUGAUGGUGAUCCCAGCCUAGGAGCACAGGAAUAUACUUCUCAGGCAACAUUGGCUGAUUUGCCUGGUCUCAUUGAGGGCGCUCAUCUUGGAAAAGGUCUUGGUAGAAAUUUUCUGAGGCAUCUGCGUAGAACAAGACUACUGGUCCAUGUUGUUGAUGCAACAGCAGAGAACCCUGUGAAAGAUUUCAUAACCGUCAGAGAAGAAUUAAGAAUGUACAACCCAGAUUAUCUUAAUAGACCUCAUGUCGUGGUUUUAAAUAAAAUCGACCUGCCAGAGGCUAAGGAUAGGUUGCAUUCCCUGAUACAAGAGAUAGCAGCUAUUGGUCGCCCUGAGACACCUUCAGCCUUACCCAUGAAAGUGGAAGAAGCAAUGCCAGCAAUACCUUCCCAAAGUGAAGAAGAAAGCUUAUCCUCUCCUGGCUCUUUUGUUGAGGAGAACAAGGAGAAGGCUCUUGAAGACUAUCCACGGCCUCUUUCUGUUGUGGGUGUUAGUGUCCUCAAGCGCAUUGCUGUGGAUGAGAUGUUGAAAGAAAUACGUCGGUCUCUAAGAGAAGUAUCAUGAGAUGCAUGGAGAUGAUGAGGAUCUAGAUGAACUGAACAUCUUUGGCUAAAAGAUAAGUAGUGUGACCAUCAGCAUCAGCCUCAAUCCUGCUACGAGAAGCUGGCUUUAUGAGUUCCUGUCUACAAUUACUUCUUGAGGGCUCAUAUGGUGUAUUGAGCUUCGUAGGAUGCCAAUCCUCUUACAUCCAGGUCUGCGUUCAUCAUCAGCUGUCUCACAAUGCCCGGUGGCGCAAUGAUGUAACCUGAGUACUUGUAUCAUGUGUAUGACUCUUUGAGCAAAUACCAACCUGUUUUUGCACCACUGGGUUUUCUUAGAAUAUACGAUAUAACUGAUUUCCGCCUUCA